AUGAUCAGCAUUCUUCAAGGAAACCUACAUAGAAGUAGAACAGCCGAUGACCUUCUAACACAUCUUGUAUAUGAGAAGAAGGCCGAUCUGCUGCUUCUGUGUGAGCAGUACCAAGAUAGAGAAGUAUCAACGUGGUUUGCAGAUAAUACAGGAACUGCUGCUAUCUCGGUAAGAAAUGGAGAUAAAGUACCAGUGGAUGACCACGGAUCCGGCGCGGGAUUUUUUUGGAUCAGGAGUAGGUGGACCACUUUUGUGAGCGUCUACCUUACCCCAAAUGAGCCCAUCAACGACUUCGAGGUUAAACUAGAAGGUCUAGAGGAAGCAAUACAAGAUAUGGAGGGCGGCAUUGUGAUAGCUAGCGACUUUAACGCGGAAGCGGUAGAGUGGGGAAUGCCAAAGUCGAACCCUAGAGGGAAACGGAUAAUGGAGAUGGCGGCCAGAAGAGGACUGAUAGUUCUUAAUACUGGCGCAUCAACAUUCAGACGACCCGGGCAGAGAGAGACGACACCAGAUGUCUCCUUCGCUUCAGAGAACAUGGCAGGAAAUGUUGUAAACUGGAGGGUGAUGGAAGAAUUUACAGGUAGUGAUCACGAAUACAUCACAUUACAGAAACAGAGGGAAAAUAAAGCUCUCAAAGCCUACACCCGCAGACAGAAAAGGUGGAACGUGCGAAAACUGAACGAGGAGAAGUUUGCAAACGUCAUCACAAGCAAGCCAGAAACAGCAGUAAAAACACGGGGAUGUACAGAGACGAAAGAAGACUCUGUCAACGUCGUGGAGCAGACAAUGGCCCUUAUUGAGCAAGCAUGUGAUGCUGCCAUGCCUCGAAAAAGUUGA